AUGGCUUCCGUUACGUCACUGGAUAAGGAUUUGCGCAGUCUGCGCCUGUCCCGCUAUACCCCGCAGGCUGCCGCAGAAGUCCGCAACUGGAUUGAAGAAGUCCUCCAUGAAAGACUACCAGCCGGUGAUCUUCUAGAUGCGCUCAAAGAUGGCGUCGCACUGUGCAGGCUGGUCAACCUUGCCGUUUCGCCCGGUGUCAAGUAUAAGCAGUCAUCGAUGCCCUUCGUACAGAUGGAAAACAUCUCACACUUCCUUCGCGCGUGUCAAAUGCCACCCCUGAGCCUUCCUCCGCAUGAUGUUUUCCUCACUGUCGAUCUUUAUGAGGCCAAGGAUCCCGCACAGGUCCUGCAGUGUCUGGUGGCUUUCAGUAGGAGGUCUAAUGCUCUCCAACCCGGCAAAUUCCCUCGCACCAUUGGCCCUCAGAGCAAAAUUGGUGCUUUAAGCCCCAAUGCGACCGGCUCUAGUCAGGGCGCCCAUACACCAUCUCGGCCACGGGGGCUCAGUAACGCAAACUCCAGCGCCUCUGGAUACUCAAGCCCGGCCAAAUCUCCAGGCCCAGUGAGCAGUUGGAGCAAAAGAACGGAUGAGCGCACGACAAUGCCAGCUUUGAAUAUCCACCAAUACGGCUAUAUGGGCGGUGCUAGUCAAGCCAACCAAGGCGUGGCGUUUGGUGCUCGUCGACAGAUCACGACCGCUGCACCAAAUGUACCGAGUCUAGCUGAAAAGGAGAAGCGCAGGCGUGAAGAAGAAGAACGCCAGCGCUUGGAAUUCGAGGAGUCAGAGCGCAGACGUCAAGAGCGAGAGGCGGAAGAAAUGCGUGCGCGAGCAAAGGAGGAGCGUCGAUGGGAGGAGGAAACUGCCCGUCUAAAGGAGCAAGAGAGGCGCAAGCUUGAGGACGAGCGAAAGCAAUGGAAUGAUCAACAGCGGCGGUGGGAAGAGGAGGAGCAGCAGCGUCAGCGCGAGGAGAGAGAAGUCGAGGAGAGGUUGGAGAACGAGAGGCUGCGCCGUCGGGAAGCCAACGACACCCGCCUGAAUGGGCAGUUCCUCAGUCAAUACCAAGCGAGUCAAGCUACACCAAGCCGAGCUCCCGCCGAAUCCUCGGAGAGUCGGCGCAUAAGAGAACUUGAGCAAGAGUUAGAGACCGCUAAACAAAGGGAGGCAGAAUAUCAGCGCGAGCGCCAGGAGCUGCAGGAGAAACAGGCCGCACCUGCUGCGACUCGUGCACCUCGCCCGGUACCUGUACCCCCUAAGCCGAGCUACGACCUAUCCUCGCUCGAGUCAGAACGUCGUCUACUUCGCACGGAGUGGAACAAACAUCAGAACGAAGAGCCAAUUCCUGAAGCGGCCAGCCCCCCUCCUUCCCUACCUGCCCGGCCCCUCCCCGAGCCAGUCGCUACUUCACCCCGGCCCCUUCCGGACCCAACGCUCUAUGCUUCGAAGCCCGUGAAUCAAGAAAGUCGUGUAGACCGUUUCCUCGCAUCUAACCGACCUCCCGUCGCACCCAAGCCGACCGCCCAUCGCCCACAAGACUACACAACGACUGCCGAGGUCGACGCGGAAAAUAGCCGCCGCGCAGCAGCACAGCAAAAGACCAAAGCGGGCGGUUGGGCAUCCAAGUCAUUGCUGGAACGUGAAAUGGAGCGCGAGCGCGAGCGCCAGCGUGAGUGGGAGGAGAACCAAAAGCAAACGCAACAGGCCGCUGCCAGCGGCCUGAAAGAUGGUAGUCUCGGUGUUGGGCCGGGACAAGGCGCUUGGGAUGUGCACCAAUACGGCUUUAUGGGCGGUGAUAACCAGAACCGGGGCGGUCAUGGCCUGGGAGUUGGAGGCGCAAGGAGACAGAUCAUUGGCCCUCGUCCUCCUCCAUGA